AUCCCAGUGCUGGACCCCUGCUGCUCGCGUUCUGAGAGCUGCUGCUGCUGCUGUUGCUCAUGAGUCAAUGUGCGGAGGCCACUCGUGCUGGCAGCUGCCCCCAUUACUCUCCAUCAUUUCUGAUCAUUUCCCCUCCUCUGCUGCUCUUUCCCCCCUCGUGCUCUGCUGGAAUGCCAGGCAUCACCGGCAUCGACCGUCCUUUACUAUGAAAGAAAGCACGCGGCACCCACAGUAGAGGCUGCACGAGCAGAUAGAUGAGCGUGUGUGUGAAUGCAGAUCUUCCUUUUCAGCUGAGAUCUUUUUCUGCUCCUGGAGAAACAGAAGACAGGGAGAGAAGAAGGGACGCGCUCGUUUGGCGGGGUUUGUUUUUGUUUUUGGAUCCUCCUCCUCCUUCUUCUCGCGUGCUGUGGAGGUAAAUGUGCAGGCUGAAUGGCAGGAGCACAGCCCGGGGUUCACGCGCUGCAGCUCAAGCCGGUGUCCGUCCCGGAGAGUCUGAAGAAAGGCAGCAGGUUUAUGAAAUGGGAUGAGGAUUCAUCUACAGUGACCCCAGUGACCUUACGUGUGGAUCCUCAGGGCUACUUUCUAUACUGGACAGACCAGAAUAAGGAAACUGAUUUGUUGGACAUCACCCAUAUCAAGGAUGCAAGAACUGGAAAAUGCACCAAAACACCAAAGGAAGCCAAACUGCGAGAGUUACUAGAUGUUGGGAACCUGGUGGGGCGGAUAGAAAACAAGAUGCUGACUGUGGUCACGGGCCCAGACAUGGUCAACAUCACCUAUCUAAACUUUAUGGCUUUCCAGGAGGAAGUGGCAAAGGAGUGGGCAGAGGAGUUGUUUAGUCUGGCGUCCAACCUGCUGGCUCAGAACAUGAAUAGAGAGGCCAGCCUGGAAAAAGCCUACACGAGACUGAAGCUGCAGCCAAACCAAGAGGGACGUAUUCCAGUGAAGAACAUAUUUCGCAUGUUCUCGGCUGACAGGAAGCGUGUAGAAACGGCGCUGGAGAGCUGUAAUCUCCCAUCGGGCAGGAAUGAUUCCAUUCCUCUGGAGGACCUCACUUGCGAUAUUUACAAGUCCUUCAUCGGCAAUAUCUGUCCCAGACCGGAAAUCAACCAAAUAUUUGCAGAUCUUGGAGCCAAGGGCAAGAACUACCUGAGCAUGGAGCAGAUGACUGACUUCAUCAACUUUAAGCAGCGGGAUCCACGCCUGAACGAGAUUCUGUAUCCUCCACUGAGGACGGAGCAGACGCAGCUCCUCAUGGAGAAGUUUGAGCCCAGCAACAGCAUGAUUCAAAAAGGGCAGAUUUCAGUGGAGGGCUUUUCCAGGUUUCUGAUUAGUGAUGAGAAUGGUGUGAUCCCGCCUGAGAAACUGGACCAGAGUGAAGAUAUGACCUUCCCUCUCUCCCACUACUUCAUCAACUCUUCCCACAACACCUAUCUUACAGCUGGGCAGUUGGCGGGGAACUCGUCAGUAGAGAUGUACAGGCAGGUGCUGCUGUCAGGAUGCCGCUGUGUGGAGCUGGACUGCUGGAAGGGCCGCACGGCUGAGGAGGAGCCGGUCAUCACCCACGGCUUCACCAUGACCUCUGAAAUUUCAUUUAAGGAAGUAAUUGAAGCCAUCGCCGAAUGUGCUUUUAAAACCUCUCCUUUUCCCAUCAUCCUGUCCUUCGAGAACCAUGUGGACUCGCCAAAGCAACAGGCCAAGAUGGCGGAAUAUUGCCGAUCUAUCUUUGGAGAUGCCCUUUUAACCGAGCCACUUGAGAAAUAUCCUCUGGAGUCAGGGGUUCCACUUCCCAGUCCACAGGAACUCAUGGGGAAGAUCCUCGUCAAGAACAAAAAGUCGCACCCCAAGCCGGCGGAUGGAAGCACCAAAAAGAAGCUGUCCGAGCAAGCCUCCAACACCAACAGUGACUCCUCCAGUGUGUUUGAGCCAUCCUCUCCAAGCGCGGGUCCUGCAGCUUCAGCCGAGGUGGAGGCGGAUGAUGAUGAUGAGGAUGAUGACGACGAUGAUGACUGUAAGAAGUCAAUGGAUGAGGGGACAGCAGGUUCAGAGGCCUUUGCAACAGAGGAAAUGUCCACUCUAGUCAAUUACAUCCAACCUACCAAGUUCCACUCCUUCGAGACCUCAAAAAAAGUCAGCCGCAGUUAUCAAAUGUCAUCGUUUGUGGAAACCAAGGCUCUGGAGCAGCUCACGAAGACUCCCGUGGAGUUUGUGGAAUACAACAAGCUUCAGCUCAGUAGGAUCUACCCUAAAGGAACUCGAGUGGACUCCUCCAACUACAUGCCUCAAGUGUUCUGGAACGCAGGCUGCCAGCUGGUGGCACUAAAUUUCCAGACAAUAGAUCUGUCCAUGCAGCUGAACCUGGGCAUGUACGAGUAUAAUGGGAAAAGUGGCUACAGACUCAAGCCAGAAUUUAUGAGACGACCAGACAAGCACUUUGACCCCUUCACAGAGAGCACAGUGGAUGGGAUUGUAGCCAACACCUUAUCGAUAAAGAUCAUAUCAGGACAGUUCCUCACUGAUAAGAAAGUGGGCGUGUAUGUGGAGAUUGACAUGUUUGGCCUCCCAGUCGACACUAGACGGAAAGCAUUCAAAACGAAGACGUCCCAGAACAACGCCAUCAACCCGGUGUGGGAUGAGGAGCCGAUUGUGUUCAAAAAGGUGGUUCUUCCCACUCUUUCCUCCCUGAGAAUAGCAGUAUUUGAGGAAGGUGGAAAGUUCAUUGGUCAUCGGAUAAUUCCUGUGUCCGCCAUUCGACCAGGUUAUCGAUAUAUUGGAUUGAGGAAUGAGAAAAACCAGUCUCUGACUCUUCCUGCUCUGUUUGUUUAUAUUGAAGUCAAAGAUUAUGUUCCAGAUACAUUUGCAGAUGUCAUCGAGGCCCUGUCAAACCCCAUUAGAUAUGUCAACUUAAUGGAGCAGAGAUCCAAGCAGCUGGCUGCUCUGACAUUAGAGGAAGGAGAGGAGGAGAAGGAUGCCAAAGAGACUGAGCCUGGAGUCGAGCAGGCCUCAGAGGUGAAGAGUGAGCCAAAACCUGUGCCUGUAGAAAAUGGCUUGAGUCAUGCUCCGAGUGCCACGCCCAAACCGGCCUCCCAGCUCUCCCCACAGCCUCAGCCUACAGGAUCAGCUAAACCUGCGGCAAAGACUGAAGAUCUCAUUCAGAGCGUCCUCACUGAGAUGGAGGCUCAUACGUUAGAGGAGCUAAAGCAGCAGAAGGUGUUUGUCAGAGAGCAGAGGAGACAUUAUAAAGAAAUGAAGGACCUGAUGAAGAAGCAUCACAAGAAAACCACAGAAAUGAUCAAGGAGCACACAACCAAAUACAACGAGUUUCAGCACGACUAUCUGCGCAGAAGGGCUGUGUUACAGAAAUCUGCUAAAAGAGAUGGUAAGAAGAGGUGUCUCUCCUCCAGCCCGGAGCAUGGAGCCUCGUUCUUUGAGCAGGAGCUGGCCAACCUGGACCAGGAGUGUGGUCAGAAGCUGGCUGAGCUGAAAGAGCAGCAGCAGCAGCAGCUAUUAAACCUGAGGCAGGAGCAGUACUACAGCGAGAAGUACCUGAAGAAAGAACACAUCAAGCAGUUAAUGGAGAAGCUGACCCUGGUAGCCGAGGAGAGUCAAAGCAACCAAAUGAAGAAGUUAAAGGACUUGUGUGAAAAAGAAAAGAAAGAGCUGAAAAAGAAAAUGGACAAGAAGAGGCAAGAGAAGCUCAAUGAAGCCAAAUCAAAAGAGAAACACUUGACGGAGGAGGAGAAGCUGGAGAUCAAUAGAUCCUACGUUAAUGAAGUGGUGCAGCACAUCAAGAGGCUGGAGGAUGCUCAGACAAAAAGACAUGAAAAGCUUGUAGAGACGCACAAGAACAUCCUUCAGCAAAUUAUAGACGAGAAACCCAAGCUGCAAAACGAACUGGAUCAGGAGUAUCAGGACAAGUUCCGCCGGCUCCCGGUGGAGAUUCAGGAGUUUGUGCAGGAGACCACCAAGAGAAAGACUGACGGAAGCGAUCAGGAGUCUCUCCCAUCUUCCUCCACGCUGGAAAAACUCAGCCAUAAGGGAGCGCAGUCUGAGGACGACAUGGAGGAAGAGAAGAAGGACUAAUACAUAUUCAGAGUUCUGCAGUGCUUCACGCACUCUUCCUUAUUCAUUUUUUACUUUUGUUGAACCUUUUAUCAAAAGAUAAUUACAUAUUUAAGAUAAUUAGACGUAUAUAUUUAUCAUCUUUACAAUUUUACAACUGUAUUUCAGUGAGUGAGAGAGAGAGAGAGAGUACAGUAGCUGAACUAAGAAUUACUUGUGAUAAUGACAAUGAGACGAUUGACCAUGGUGAGAGAAUCUUGUGGUAGAGAAUGUUAUGUGCACAUUCUGCAUAAUUCCUUUCUUACAACUGUAAUAAUAAUAAUUGAGUAUUUCAUUUACAGGACUUUUAUAUGAUACUCAUUCUUUUUGUUUGUUUGUUUGUUAAUAUGAUCUGAAUGGUGUUCUAAAAAAAAAUAUUAUUAUAUCAUCAUUACUAAUAUAAUUAUCAUCUUCACAGACGUAGGGCCAGUAACUGAAUCAUCGUUUGAGAAGGUGCAGGGCAUGUUGUGCACCCGUGUCAUGUUGUGAAGAUGUGUAAUGAAGAGAAGAUGUAAUACGUGUGUGUCAUUGAGAGCAGAGACUCACGCAGGUACAUCACACAGUAGCUGUCAUUUUUCUUUCUCUUUUCCGGGUGUAAGUAUAGGUACAUGUAUGUGAAAGGUUCACUCUGUAUAUUUGCACUGAAUUUAGGACUUAUUUGCUUUAGAUUUGCUUUUGAUUGCGAACCCAGGCGGCUCGCUGAUAUACAGAUCCAUUAUCUUGCUAAUGUUGCUGCUGAUAUUGUUAGUUUUCUUUUUGUUUUCAUUUGGACUGAUUAAAAACUACAGUGUAUAAGAAUAAGAAGUUGAACUAUAAGUGGAACCAAUGUACUGUCCAGUUAACCGGACUGUAACAGUUAACGUUUCAGGGAUGCAUGAAUACAGUGCUUUGAACAUUUUGUGCUACUAUAGGCCUACAUUUGUAAAUGCAUCAUUCUAGCUCGUGUGACGUAACGUGAUUUAUUGUUAUUAUAUUAUCUGUAAAGGCGUGCUCAAUGGUACUUUUUUCCCUUUUCUAAAGAAGUAUACAAAUAUGUACGUAUUUAUCUGUGGAUAGUUUUAACCAGUAUCUUAAAUACACUUAUUUUUUAGCCAUUUUACUAAGGGCCAUUUCUAAAAGCUUUUGUUUUAGCUUUUAAUUCCAUUAAAACAGUAUUUCUUUGAAACUCAUUACAGCAUACUCAGUGAACAGAGUUCUAAGUUUAUUUAUUCAAGUCUAUAAAUGAAUAUAAGAAGAAUAGUUUAGUCAAGAUCAGAGGAAAUGAAGCAAAGAUAAUGUUAAAAACAUGGAUAUGCACUUUUUAAAUUUCAUGAGGUAUUGCCAUUAUUAUGCAAUCUUUCUUCUUGAGUGAAACUCUGUUUAAGUAUGAUUCCAUUUGACUAAUUCAGUUAAGUAUGUAUAAAAAAAAUAGUUAGACAUACAGUAUAAUAAACAAUGCCAGGUGUGAUAUGUUGUGAUAUAUAAUUUUUUUGUGCAGACUAUGCCAUACUUCCCUCAUGGAUUUUUGGUGUUUAGCUCUGGCAAAGCACUUUUAUCACUUAUUUUAACAUACUACUGAACGUUUUAUUACAUUUGGGCUAAUUCUAUAGUUUGGGUUUUACAUUGAUCGAUUUCAGCAGAUUACUAUGUUUAAUCUACCUGUUACAUUAACUUUAUGUAAACUUGUGAGAUUUUUUAUAUUCUUAUUUUGUAUUUAUUGCAAUGUAUGAUUGAUCUGGACCAUUAAAAAAAACUAAAGUGCCAAAAAUGUGCAGGUCCAACAUGAAAAUGAAGCAGUGUAAAUCAACCCAUUUGAUCACGUGGUUGACGUUUGUUAAUGAAGUCUAGUAAUAAUAUCAUUUUGUUUUUAUUAUUAGGCCUAUAUUACAUGUACAGUACAUGACAAGGAAAGCUACCACCACCAAGUUUAGCCGAAUUUUUAAUUUCCUCACUUAAUAGUUUACAUGUAAAAGUGAUUCAUUGUGCUCAAAUUUUAAGUCAUGGUAUUAAAUUAAUUGUAUUAUUUUUGGUACAAAACCAAGUCUGUUCUAUUGUUUUUUUUUUAUUCUUUUGACCAAACUCUUUUUGCAAAUGUCAGAUUACUUGAAAUACUUUUAUGACUGAAUUUAUUUUUAAUCGUUUUGAAGUGAAGUUCUGUGCCUUUGAAUGUUCUCUGUGUUAGAUGUGGAAUGUAAAAAGUGUUGAUGUGUAUAGAGCUCUCUUUUUUGUAUAAACUGUGCACGCACUUUUAAGACAUUUAUACUAAAGAUUUACUUUUAAAUUAUUUACUGUAAAACUAUUGAAUAUAUGUAUGCUGUUGAGUGACACUUUUUAUUUAUUUCAGACGUGCUUAUAAUUCCAUUGACGGACAGUGCUUAGAAACAACCAGAACAAUUAAAAACCUUCGAUUUCAUCUAGUUGCAUUAUUAAUAUCACCAUAUCAUUUUGCAGAGAUGAAUAUUGUUGAAUGUAAGUUGUGCUUGUGCUGUGCAAUUGGGUUUUAAUAAAACAUUAUUGUGAAA